AUGUUGUGUUGCAGUAAGACCAGUUCUUCUCAGCUGACAUUCAUCCUGACAGGCGUCCCGGGGCUGGAGGCUGCCCACAUCUGGCUCUCCAUCCCUUUCACUUGUAUUUACGUUGUGGCACUGGUGGGGAAUUGCACAAUCCUCUUUGUCAUCGGGACCGACCCAAGCCUCCACGAGCCCAUGUACAGUUUCCUCUCCAUGCUGGCCAUCACGGAUUUGGGGCUGUCUCUGUCUACAAUGCCAACUGUGAUGGGUGUUUUCUGGGCCAACCACAGGGAAAUCAGUUUCGAUGCUUGUUUUGCUCAGGGCUAUUUUGUUCAUUCAUUCUCUUUCAUGGAGUCUUCAGUGCUUCUGGCCAUGGCCUUUGAUCGCUAUGUGGCCAUCUGCUACCCGCUGAGAUAUGCCUCCAUCCUCACCAGCACCAGGAUAGCCAAGAUCGGGCUGGCUGUCAUGUGCAGAUGUCUCUUAGGGGUGCUCCCAUCCCUCCUCCUGCUAAGAAGGUUGCCCUUCUGCCGGUCCCAUGUGCUCUCCCACUCCUACUGCCUGCACCAGGACAUGAUCAAGCUGGCAUGUGCAGAUGUCACAUUCAAUAGCCUGUAUAGUUUAGUGGUGGUCAUUCUUGUGGUGGUAUUAGAUCCAUUGCUAAUAGUUUUGUCAUAUAUGCUGAUUGCUAAGGCAGUUGUGAGCAUUGCAUCCCCAGAGGAGCAUCUCAAGGUUUUCAACAGCUGCUUGUCCCACAUCCUGGCAGUCCUAGUACUGUACAUCCCCAUGGCUGGCUUGUCCAUGGUUCACCGUUUUGGCAAACAUGCUUCCCCUCUUGUUCACAUCCUCAUGGCCAACAUCUACCUGAUGGUCCCCCCUGUGCUGAACCCCAUCAUCUACAGCAUAAAAGCUAAACAGAUCCACAGGGGUGUCCUCAGAGUCCUCACGCCAAAAAGGUUCUUCUCCUUGUGGCAACACGGGACCUGA